UGGUGCUUAGAGUGAUCUGAAAGGAACAGAAACACUUAGCCUUGAACUUUUGUUCUGCUGCUUCUUCUUGUGCCUCUGAGUGAGGACGCUGCAGAUUGUCUUGGCCAGCCGAAAUCUCCAUUGGAAAAAUUUAUGGUCAGACUGUGCACGUACCACCAGAAGCACUUCGUCCGUGUCCUAAACGACAUAUGCACUGACGUACAGACAGGCUGUGAGGGGCAGCAGUUACCUGGAGCAGAAAACAUGGAUGUGUCCACUUGUAGCUCUGCCUGCAGCCAGUAUCGCACUGAGAACCAGGAGCUUGGAACUUCUUGCUCUGAAUCAAAGCUCCCUUCUUCCCUGGACACAGAGCAAUCAGGGUCUCAUGGCUCUCUGCGCAUACUUUGCCAUGCCCUGAAGCAGGCUGUGGAUCUGAAAUCUACAGAUAGAAGGGAAAACUGCAGCCCAGUUGUCCGAAGGGACUUCUCUGAGCUUCCUAGCGUUAGAACAAGUUCUGCAAGUCCCAGGGACAGUCCCUCUCAAGGAUACCUCACUGCCUCCAAUUCCCAUCACUCUACUAAAAGUCCCGAAGGCCAAGCCCUUGGUAGUGACCAAGAGAUGGGGGGUAGGAAAGGUGAGGAUGACAAAGACCAGGUGCAAAAUAGAGCUUUGCUGGGAGGCUACAAUGCUGUGAAAGCAACAAACAUACACAUGAGUGAAGACGGUCUGGUGGGCUCCCAGAAGAACACUUUUAAAGCUUUCCCAGAGGAAACACGAGACCCAGGCUUCACCACCAACUCCCCUAGGAGAGCAGACAAAGAGAAUGCCUUGCAGUGCAGCUCCUCCAAAGCCUCUUUGCACCCGGAUACUGAAAUGAAUGACCAAGAAGCAAGACUGAAGGCAGAGAACCACCUCCAGGCUUCAGGGAAAAGCAAGGGGAGCUAUAACAUGCAACCUGUUGACAAGACUCAUGUGGAGAAUGCCAAGGACAGCUGGCUAUCCAAUAGCUCUGUGCCAGUGGCUCACCACAAAACCACCAAUGGACACUCCAGGACCAGGUGUAACUCAUCCUCCACCAAAAGCACACGUAAGAGCAAAAGGCCUUCAGGGUUGAGAAUUAAUGACUAUGACAACCAAUGUGAUGUUGUUUAUAUCAGCCAGCCAAUUACAGAGUGCCACUUUGAGAGCAAGAGGGUGGUCUCCUCUAGGAAGACGGCAAGGAAGAGCACACGUGGAUACUACUACAACGGUGAGUGCUGUGAGAUUCCCACAGUUCGCACCUUGGCCAAGACUUCCCAUGUUCAGGAGAGUGGGAACACUCUGGCACCAAGGCCUGAGGUGCUGACAAGCCCUAGCCAGGGAGCUUCUCUUCCGAGUGAUAGCUGCUUAGCAGCAGCCCAAGCCAUGAGUGGCGAUGGUGACAAAAGACCUGCUGUGGUUGUCCCUCAAGGAGAUGCCUCCAACAACAGUACUCAGGAGAGAGGUGAGAUGUGUCCGGCUGAGAAGGCCACUCCUGAGGUAAGUUUUGUGAAGGAAAGAGAUGACAGUUCUGCUGAAGCAUCCACAGUUGCUCUCUCCCCGCCACCUGGCCCUGCUUUGCGUGUAGAGAAAGGCAGCCUGUCCAAUUCUUCACUGCAGACCACUCUUGUCUCUCCCUGCCAACUGAGUAAAGGGGAGCCACAGGACGAAAUGGACGUGGACACUGUGCAGAAGGCUGGCAAUGGCACAGACUCUUGUAAGAGCAGUAGACCCAAUGAAGACAGUGGCAACGCAGGAGGUUCUGUGGUGCUGUCUGCCUCAGAGGUUGCUAAUGGUGAGGAAAGUGUCAUGUUCUCAGAGACUGAGGCUAUCCCUGAGCCUUCCAUUCUUCCAGACCAGGUGCCUCCUGAUAGCAUGGCCCUUCAGCCCCCUGAAGACCUUUCCCCUGGAAUGGACUUGAUGCCUCCACUGGAGGAGCCUGCCCCUGUUGAACACUUGCCACCAUUUGUAGAACUCCCUUCCGAUGUGGAACCCCCACUUCUUUCCCCUAUAGACCUGGCAGAACCUCCUGCCCUUGUCCGUCUGGAGCCUUCCAUAGCCUUCCCUGCAGAACUCCCUCCUAUCCCAGAGCAUAUGUGUCCAGAGGAGCCUGUUGCCAGUUCAAGGGCAGUGUCUCCUGGCAUUGUGGUGUCUGAGCCUCCUGCCCAUAUUGACCUAGAGGCUCCUUCAGGGGCUCCUCCUAUAGAAUCUCCAGUGGUGGGACCUGGCAAGUUAGAUAUGGAACUCUCACAGCCACUUUCUGAUUUGGAUGCUGCAGAGCUCCCUGACAGCUUGCAGGGUGCAGAUGCACAUGAAAGUAUUAAUACUCAAAAUAUCAUUGAAGGGAUUCUGGACUCAGGUGGAAUCCACUCUGGGGAAAGUGAGACUGUGUUGCCUGUUGCAGAUAAUGAUGAAGGUUGGGGAGAGGGAACAGUAAAAGAUACAAGUGAAACAAGCACUGUGGAUGAUGGAAAGGAACUUGGUAGCGAAGCUCCAGCAGUGCCCCAAACAUCAGAAGUGGACAACAAGGAGGAAGCUUCUUCCAAAACAAGCCCAGACAAAAAACGAAAGUGGGAGAAAAAACCUCAGAUUGUAUCCGAUCGCUGUCUUCGAAGCCAGCAAUCCCUGUCACCUGCAGAGGAUAGUCAUAGGCAAUCCACUUCUUCCACGUCUCUACAGCUUCCUCAACUUCAGAUCAAGUUUUCUAAAAGCCCUGGUGCUAAGCGUUUCAAGAGGGAGGUGCAUCUUGAUGGUGCAGCAUCGCUGUGUUUUCCAAAUGACGGGUUUCAUGAAAUGCUGCUAAACAACAUUGGGAAUUCUUCUGAGCAGCAGUCAGGUGACAGAAAUGACAUCACAAUGGGACAGGCCUCUCAGACACUGUUAGCGAAAAAGACAGUAGUAGAGGAAGACCAGGAUGAGGAAGGAAACAAGGACAAGGCAGGGGCAAUGCUUGAAAUUUGCUUAGAGGGUGAUUUUGAUAGGAGAAGUGGUCACGUCCCAGCAGAGACCUCUGAUAAGGGUGAAAAGCAGUCAGAUUUGACAUCAGGCACUCCAGAGAACUCUGACAGUAUGAUGGAGGUUACAGAGGAGUUGCACACCCAGCAUGGGCCCAGUUCUGUUAGCAGGAGUGAAAGCAAUCUUGAACUACCAGAGAGGUCUGUAAAAUCUAAGAAGCCAGCUCUCCAGUUCUACAACCUGAGGCACACCCCUGCCCCGACCCCUGUGGCCACUGCUUCCAAAAACACUUCUGGAAAAGAAACCGUACAAGGAGAUUCUAAUGCUCUGACUAUACAAGCAGGCUCUAAUGUCACAGACACCGUUGGCUUCAGCAGCAUGGAAGUGCUUUCUGACAACAAGCCCAGUUUUGUGGAAUGGUGUGCUGAGGAAGAGAACCAAGAACUCAUCACUAACUUUAACACUCAGUACAUGAAGGUCCAGAAAGGUUGGAUUCAGCUGGAGAAAGAGGCUCAGCCAGCUCCAAAGGUCAAGAAUAAAUCCGACAAACUGAAAGAGAUCUGGAAAAGCAAGAAGAGGACCCGCAAAUUCAAAGGGCCCACGGAGGUCCAGAAGCUCUCCCCGGUUCAGAUGCUGUUCAUGAAGGGAUUUGACAUGUCCAGCAUCUGCAAGUGGUUUAUGGAGACCACUGAAACCAAGUCUCUGGUCAUUGUGAAGAAGAUGAACACACGUCUCCCGGGGGACAUCCCCCUCAUCAAGCUUCCACUCCAGAAGGGCUGCUAUUCCGGCAGCUACCCUAGCUCCCUUCAAGCUGAGCGUCUGAAGAAACACUUGAAGAAGUUUGCUGCUAUGACUCCGGCAAAAAACACCAUCAAGAUUCAGAGGCUGUGGGCUAAGCUUCGAGAGGGCUCUGAGGAGAAAGAGCCGGAGCAGGCUGCCAGUUCGAAGCAGACGCCUCCCUCUGAAGUAAGCGUGGAGCACAAAGCCGAAACCAAGAGCGCCCAGCCUCCGAGCACGCCUGUGCAAACCAGCUCUCGCAUCCUGAGGAAGUACUCCAACUUGCGAGGCAAACUCAACGCCAUACGCAAGGUGGCCAAGCAGGACAAGACUGACAGCGUGGCCAAGCACCCCUCUGCUGAAAGCAAGCCGAGUGGCAAGAGCCUGUGCAUUAAACCCCUGGUGUCUCCGAAACUGGCCCAGCAGGUCCAAGCCCCCCCACUUGCGACUAAGACAAGCCUGGUGGAAAGAGGAGGGAAGGGGCGAAAGACAAAAGGCAAGUUACAGGAGGACACCUCAUCUAAAGGCCACCUUCAGCAAACCAGGAAGAAGUCGCCGGCCGAGAGCAGCAGGUCACAGAGGCUGUUGAGCACCUCAAGCAAAGAAAGGCUUCCUCUUAAGAAAGCCAGUAAACUGAAGCCUGCAGGGCCUCCUGCUACGAGGAAGCAGGCGGCUGCCGACAAGAGUCAUAAGCCUGUGUCUGGGAACGAGAAGGCAAAGAAGCUGAAUGACUUGCGGCCUGGGAAAAGGAAGCCCCCCAUCCAGAAGGGGAAAGCCAAGGCCGGUCAAAAGGCAAGCUUGCCUUCCAGGCAAGCAGGGCUUGCUAAGCCUCCCAAGCAGAAAGUGGUGCAAGACUCCAGCAGCCGACCUCCCAAAGUGGCUGCCCAAAAGGCAAGCAGUGGCAAAGCCUUGACUAGGUCAAUGAAGCGAAUUCAGGAGAGCAGCAGAGCCCAGGGCAAGAGGAAGCUGAGGGCAAGCAAAGACUCUUCACCCAGCAAACGCAGGUGUCUGGAUGCAAAGUAACCGGCUGGGGUUGGGGGUGGGUAGGAGGUGGGUCAUAGAAAUACUUCCUAAUGCAUUAAACAGAUCCACUUCUGAACAUUGGGGGGGGAGGGACGCAAGUGUUUAGCCGAAGGCCAACCCCCCCCCACUCUCGGAUGAUGAGGAGCCCCCUAGCUGUGUUGCAGCCAGAAGGGGAAGCUAUUAUUCUCUGCCCUUGAGAAGGAAAGUUGCUGCUUCUGAAAGCUCCUGGAGUGGAACUAGGAGUUUGGCAGUUUCAGUUCGAAGUACAGUGCCUUAUUUAUCCUUUUAGGAACUGAAUAAAUUAAUCUGUGUGAUUUAAAGGCUGGCAGUUUAUAGUUAAUGCACAAGCACUUGAACUGUAAUGGAAAGAGAACCAGCUUUCAUGCACAUCCCAUAGACCUUGGCAGCCCGUCUGCCGGGGUUCACACAGGAGCAUUUUCUUCCUUUUGUGCAUUGUAGCAUCCUGGCACUGUUUAAACCAAGCAGGGCAUUAUAAAGCCAAAACCCAAAGCAUUUGCAUCCUUUAUUCCUGUCAGUCAGUCAGAAUGGUGUGUGUUGUUGUUAAAGUAUGAACAGUUGGACUAUCUUUUGUAACUGGGGCUUGGCUGUAACAAAGCCUUGCUCUCAUGUCAAAAAGAUGCUGAUUCCGAAGCGUCAGUGAUUGGCAGCCAUGCUCGGCCAACUUUGUACUUAGCCAAGAAAGGAACUGGACCGCUUGUUUGGAUAGAGAGCCCUUCCCUAUUAAGUACAUGCACACUGCCUGCCACUUCUGACGUGGUUGUUUACAGGUGGGCGCCUUUGGGCCUGGAUGCAUUUCUGAAUGGUUGUAUUCCUGUCCAUUUUACUGUGAGGCCUGAACACCCCUGAAAUAUGGGUACUUGAAAGCACAUCUUAGGAGCGAAAUAGAUGGACAAAAAACCAUUCGAAAGUGAAGCUUGCAUGCAUCUUGUGGGUCUGUAAAAUUAAUGUUGGAAAGUGCCCGUAGUCAGAGGUUCUUCUCUGCUGUAAACGUACAUGAUUUCUAUGCAGUUGCUGCAAGUUCCUUUUCCAUCUUUCCCUGUUUGCCAUAAGUCAAAAAGAUUUUUAAAAUUAUUGUUAUUAAAAUAAGAAUGAGGCGAUGCUGGCUGCAAACAUUUAGCAGCUAGAAAUAGCUGGUGCUUUUGCAAGCUUUUCCAGCUUAAGAGUAAGCAAGCUCCUCUCUCCCUUGCAAGGCCUCACCCUGCAAGUUUAAUCAAUGCAUUAUGUAAAGGUCAAGAAGUAUCUGUCUUCAGACAAGGUAUUUCUACGAACACCUAUUAGAAAGGCAAACAGUCCCCUUCUCAAUGCAAACAUUUGUUUUGGAUCUGACAGCAUUUGGAAGCAGCCUUUUUCUCAGAGGAAACUCCCUGCCCCUUGUACUUUGUGCUACCCAUCUGCUGGGAGAUAGACAGUGGUUGCUGCUACUCUGGGCUUGGAGAGAAAAGCAGCCUUUUAUUUAUUUCCAUAGUUUUCCUUUAAAUCACAACAAAGGCAGAGGUAUUUGCUUAGAAACUUGUGCAAACUUCCUCUCGCUUGCUGUGCGUGGUACCCAGGAGCUUCCUGCGAAGGCCUUCGAAUGGCUUGACCUUUCAGAAUAGCUUUCCAUGGAUACCAUCUGAGAUCGACGUACUCAAACACAUCUUUACACAUUAUUAUAUUAACUGGCUGGAACCAGUCUUUCCAGUUGGUGAGGGAUUUGUAGAAUAAAAGGAAAGGCAAACUCCUUAGGGAGCAAGAACAAGGCUUAGGUGCAAGGAAAUUGGUUUUAUUUCAUUUUUUAAAGGAGGGAGGGUGCGGUAGCAUUGGCACUCCUAUACCAAAGCUCAUUACUGCAGGCAGAACAUGGAUAACUAGCUGUAUAAUUUGUUCCAUUGAUCAAAGAGAUUGGGAGGCAGCACCUGGAACUGCAAAGCCCUCCUGCUCACCUGCGUACCCAAGUCUGUGUCUUGAGAGGGUGCACUAAAGCUAUAAGACACAUCAGGGUGGACUCUUUUUGUAUGAAUACUUUUAAAUCAUUGAUUUUUAACUUCUGUCUUUUGAUGUAAAUCAUGCUGUAUAAAAUGAAUAGUUGUAAGCAUUAAGUCAGGCCUAGCAUUCUCUGUAAAGAUUGAUACGUAUUUGUCUGAUUGCUAUUUGAACUGCACAUAUAAAAUGUGCUAGACAUUCCACCAGGAGUAUUAAAAGGUAUUUAAGGAAGUGUGGUGCGUGAGCAUGUAAGUGUGAGUGAGAGGAAAGGGUGAGCAUGUCAGAUUUUUCACCUCUACUUUUCUCCAACUUCAAAUGCCUCCAUCCCGAAAGGUGUAAAAUCUUCCUGUUCCCUCAACCCAGGGCUGCUUCCCAACACAGUGCUGGGGGGCUGAGCACCUUGUGCUAAUUUUGGCUACUGAUUCUGAUCCCGACACUGCUAAUAAAAUAUUUCUACACCUAUCUGCUUUCCCAUUUCUUGUGUGGUCUGUAACUUCAGAGAAUCCCUUUGUAAGCCCUGUGUAGCGUUCGAGAGAUUCACAGCUGCCCCCCCCCUUCCACCUUUUUUGCAAGGUUGCCUAUGAGAGGUUGGAAUACAGUGACCAUGACUUGCAAUGUUUUGGUGAGGUCCGGAGAGAGUUUGGUCCAGUGGUUGAUUUGUCCCAGGUUCUAGCACCAGUGGUUUCUGGCAAGACAAGCCUUUGCCAUGUAGACAAUUGACUAGGCAGGGGUGGCCAACUCCCAAGAGACUGCGAUCUACUUACAGAGUUAAAAACUGGCAGUGAUCUACCCCCUUUUUUGGGGAUCAGGUCAAAGUUGUUGAGAUUUUUUAGGGCAGGGGGAAGCCUACUUUUUUAGGGGAGCCAAAGUUGUUGAGCUUCUUUGGGGGGGAGCCAGUGAUCUACCAGUGACCUACCACAGACGUCCAGUGAUCUACUGGUAGAUCACGAUCUACCUGUUGGACCUACCUGGACUAGUGUAAGCUUGGGGGGGGCGAGGAGAGAGAAGUGAGCCAAGUAGUUUAAAGCAAUUUAGCUUGUGGUUUUUUAAAGAAAAAAAAUUCUGAUGGUGAUAGCUUAGUAUGAUUUAUAUUGAAGCAAAGCUACCUUCUGGUUGGGAGGCAUUCUUCAGACUGUGCUCUGUGCAUCAGUCCUGAUGUCAUGCAAGUGACACUAUGUCACCGACAUGCCGGGUUGAUAUGCUGUCUGCUAAAUAAGUUGCAAAGAGGCCAUUUCUUCUCCUUUUGAUGCCCUGCAACCCACUUACUUUUGUGAUAGUGAGAACUUGACUCUUAAUUCUUCCAGUAGAAAUAACUUUGGAAACCAGCCUUGUUGGGUUGGGCUCUUCUCUUUGCAACGUAAGGGGCUUAAUUCCUGCACACUGUUUCCCAUCCGUCCACUUCUUCAGCAUUUCUUUUUUGUUUUGUUUUUGCAAGGGGGGUGUGUCAUCUGUUAAAUGCAGUCUUGCGCUGUUGGUUUCUGCAGCGAAAAUAGGUGUUUUUUCCAGAAUCAAUGGUUAUCUGCAGUAGUACAGUUGCUAUGGCCUGGUGAUGUUAUACCGUAAACAUCUUCAGCCACUUGGUCUGACCUGGUGCUGCUCUCUAGCAAAAGAAUUGCGAGAGUAAGGGAAGAAGCUUGGGGUUGUGACUGUAAUAGUGACAACUACUCAGUACAGUGACGAGAAAGGCUUUUCAGUUCCUCUAACCAUGGCUGUGUUUCUGCUCCUCUCUACGUGCUUGGCAGGUUCUACUGCUUAAGCAUCUUGGGCCCCAUUGCCAAAAUGGUCUAAAGGCAGUGCUUUUUGUGGGGGUAAAAAAUGAAUUAUCAUGUCUUGAUAAAAGUGUGGUAGGUGUCAGCACAAGAUAGCUGCCAUGGGCAGCAAAAAAAAGAGGUGAUGAUACCAGUGAGUACUGUCGCAAAACCCCUGUUCACAAGUAUAGUCAAACUGGGGUGGUUUGUGCAUUCUUCUUUCCAUGCUCCUUGGGCAUUCCUAGAAGAGAGUGGAUGGCUUUGCUUAUUGGAUAAAACCAGCCUCUGUACUGUUUUCUUUCCAUCAGAUGCAAUGGGCCAUCAUGAAUCCUAGCCUCUCCUUUAGCACACACCAUGUUUGAAAAGGGACAUCCUUCCCCCCUGAUGGUAUGGUGGACAAUUCCCCAUAACCUGCCCUGUUGCUCAUCUCUUUAUAGCUCAUCUAUUUAAAUCUGGCCCUUUGCCCUCCCUGCCUGUUGAGACAAACUAGAUGUUAUUCACAAAAAGAUCUUCCAUUAGUUGUGCUUCCAUUUUCUCCCAACAGCCUUCUUUUUGGUCAAGUGUGCAGUGCUUUUCUUUCCCUGUGGUUGAGAGUAUUACUACUUCCAGUAAUUUUCAAUGAAGGCUGUUAUCUUGUAUUUAAGGGAAAGCCCCAACUUCUGUGCACAUGAUGAAGGCUUGAUGGUGCAGGGCACACAAUGCUUAGAGAACCUUUUGUAGCAACUUUUGCUCUGGAGAUUUCUUCUGUCAUAGCUUCUGGGUGACUCCUGCAGGAAUGCUAUUUAUGGCUCUUUCCUCCCGACAUAAUUACUGUCACUAUGCAUAGGGUUUUGCUUUGCGGUAGUCAGGAUAAUGAUGAUAUCUCCCUUUUCCCAUUCUAUGUCUGGGGAAUAUUUAAGCUGCACAAAACUGUUACUGAGGCUUAUCACUAAUAAUCUAUUAUUAUUAUGAGCUGUGACAUCCUGGCCAGUUAUUCCUAUUCACCUUCUAAACCAGAAGCUGUUUCUCUCCAGAGUCAUUUCCUUGUUCCAUUUGUAGCCUCAUGUGAUAAGGCAGCCUUUACCAGCCUGCUGCCCACCAAAUUUUUUGGACUGCAACUCCUAUCUGUCUUAGCCAAAAACAUCUAGAUGACGCUAGUUUGGCAGAGGCUUUGAUACGACAGUCCUCUUUAAAGGUGGUAGCUAGUACCUUACCUCUCUUUUUGUUGCAGAAAUCAGUGUCAGUAUGCUCUUCCUCAUCACCAGUAAGCACAGCAAAGCAACGGGGAAUUAACUUGUGCCAAAGGGAAAUGCAAAGUAUUGGGCCGGGUUCAACUAUUGAGUCCCACUAGCAGGAGCCAGCACAAGGUCUUCUGUGAGUGCAAGAGGGAUUUUAGCCCCUCUCCUCCCUGCCUCCCAAAUUGGCUCUGGGCUGUGUGUCAGGGUAAUCAACAGCAAGCAGAGGAGGGAGAAGGGCAAUUGUUCCUUCUGGAAAGCUGAAAUGCUUGUGUUGACAGAAUAAUCUCCUUAGUGCUACGUUGAAUUCCUCCACAAAUUGAAAAGGGACUUCAUUAAAUCUGUGAGUGCCUCUGAAAAUGUUGCUAUAAAUAUAACUCUCUUCACUCAGUUCCCACAUGCCCACCAAAUAGAAACAAAUAUGCAGAUAAGAGAUAUUUGAUGAUGCUAUGCAAUGGCCUACAAACCAGUGCCUCCCUAGUCUUUCACACAUCCCACCUCUGUCCUUGCUUGGACUUCAUCUGCCAUCGCUCCCUUCCCUGCUACAAGCACACCUGAUCUAGCUCUGCCUAGCUCUCAAAUUUCAUAGAAUGGAGUUGCCUGGGGAGGUCCCCGUGUUCCUGAAAGGUCCCAUAUGUAAUCAUAGCUUGUUUCGAGGGGUUAAACUGCCUCAGGCCACUUCAUGCAUGCUAUUUUCCUGCACGGAGAUAAUCUCCAGGCGGCAUCUUUUGGCACAGAUAAUCUCAAUGAAAAGACACUUGCAUGUUCUUCCCUAAGCCGCCUUCUUGCUCUCCUGUUGCCAGUUAGUUUCUUUUGUAUUUCCAACACCCCACCCCAAUUUGGCUAGGUCACUGGAAAAUUCCCUAUCUAUUCUAAGAUGAACUCAGGAGCUCUGGUUUGCAGGUAGAGGAGACUCUGGCCUCUUCUUUAAAACCCUUCCCUCUUGAAGUGUCGCCCUAAGAAUUGUUUCUCACAGAAAUAGUGAAAGUGAGUGGAGUCUGAAUGGGUUUUGUUACCCGUGUGUGACCUUUUAGCUAAGUGGGUCUUUUUACACUGUAAUGCUUAUCAAAGGUUUUUUUAAGGAUCUGCUUUUUGUUUGUGACUUUAAAAUGCAAUGUGAAUAUAUACAUAUAUGUAUAUGUGUGUUUAUAUAUAAAUAUAUAUUUAGUAGGUGCUGUGUUAACAUAGCAUCCAGCUAGCGGUUGUAAUGCUUUCCUAGGUGCAGGGUAAUUGCUGCCUUUUCUUCCUGGGUGGUCACAAAAACUAGAAGAAUACUGUAAAUAGUUUUAAAAUAUUUAUUUCCUGUACUUUGUGCUAAUAAGUCUCGGGUGUGCUGUUGGUUUGCAAUGUAGUAUGUUUUUUUUGGGGUGGGUGGGGGGUUCCUACUGCAAAAAUAAUUGGACAUGGGGGGAGGAGAAGGACUGGCAUCUGGUCUGGAGUUAAUGCUGCAAAAUCAAGGACUUAGUUCCCACUGAAGUUGCAUUUGGGCUAUACCCAGAAUAGACAAAUGAAUGACACUUACAUAAUUGAAUACUCCAUUUUUAAAAGCCCUUUCACAUAGAAAGCAAGCUAUCGGGGCGAAUUGUUUUAGCCUAUCCUCCCCAAUAUGCUAGCUUUUGCAUGUGGGAGAAUGUUUUCAUAUGAAAGAGUGUUCAAUCAUGUGAGCUCUCACCUGCAAUCUGAAGUGACAUUACUUAGAACUGGGCCUAAACUGAGUAAAAGCAUUACAUGGGUUGUCUAAAAUCUCAUUUUCUGUGGAAGCGAGUCAAAGUACAGUUCUGGGCAGCCCGUUUUGUCACGUGCAUCUUCGGGGACAGUACAUGUGAGCAAUAAGAAUUUUUAGUAAUAAUGUUUUCAGUGACAAAUUAAUGUUUAAGUCCUUAUGGGGAUAUUUGUGUAAAUGUGUGUGCACAUCUCAUUGAAGACUGCCCUUCUUCACUGGCCUUGCCACAUAGAGAAAGAGACAUAUUUUGCUUCAACAUCUCUGCAUGCUUAUUCACCUGGGCAGGUGGACUCAGGGAUACUGAAUUAAGGGGAGCUCUUGCUGGGGAUAGGAAGGGAGGAAUGCCAGUGGCACACAUGGAGGAAGUGAUGGUGCCCUCUAAGCAUCUUUUAUAGUUGAUUAUUGUAAUCUAGCCAGCACCUCUUGUGUUCUGUGUUUGAUGUUUCCUGUGCUCAUCCCCCCCCCUUUUAGAUUAAGCCAAUCGUUCAUCACUUCCCAUGUUUCCAGCUGCUGUGAAGAGUCCAGGGCCCCAUUUUUUUACACACACUCUCUCGCUCUCUGAAUUUAUUUUAUUUUAUUACUUUGGACCAUUAAGUAUUUAUCCUCUCUGCUCCCUCUCUCUGCUGCUCCCUGUGUUGUAUUAGUCUUAUUUUGAAUGUCUAUUUUGUGAUUAUCUCAUACUUUUUAAAGUUAGGCUAGUGUGGAAGGUCCUAAGGGUUUGUUUCUUGUUGUUUGUCUUGGCCAUUCAGAAUUCCCACCCAUCACCCCUCUCUUCUUUCUAUGGAAAACAUGGCAAUGCAGCUUCCUAAUGUAGCUCCAGAAAACUUGUCGCUUUGCUUGCACCCUCCUUCUGCCAUCUGAAAAGCUUCAGCCCUGCCUAUAUCCAUUGUAAAAGCCCUCAAUUCUCAGAUGAAGUUGCUAAACGAGGUGGGGGGGAGGGUAGACUUGCAACCUUUCCACAAGGGCAUUCUUAGUUUAGGAUAACCUCCUGCCCAGUUGAAUGAACCUCUAUCAGUGUGUUGCACAGCACUCAACAAGACUGCAGGUGUGUUCUGCACUUCCUGUGUUGAUUUAUAGUCAGUUCAUUCUUCACUCCGUGUUGCACAGGUAUUUUUACUUGCUGUGUCUAAGAGACUCCUAUCUUCCCCAUAUGAUGAACCAAAUGUGUGUGUUGGGGGGGUCUAUUCUCUCUACUCCCCACCCCUCAGGUCUGGUACUGUGCACAUCACCCAAACCCAGUGUGUGAUCAUGAGUUGGGCAUUUGAAGGCUUAAGUUGGAGCCUCAUUCCCUUCAGGGCCCUGGGAAAUGCUGUGACUUUAGAAGAAGAGUGUGUCUGCUGUGAAUUGUUGGUAAAAUGUGUCAUUAGGUAAUAUUUAUAUACCUCACCUGAGUAAUAUUUGAAAAUGUAUAUAAAAAUAAAGGUUCUGUUCAGUGGCUUCCUACCCGUUUGACACACCUACAACAUUUAGGGCUACUCUACCAUGGAAAUUGUAUUGAAUCUCUGCCAUUACUUUUGUGACAGCUCCAUGAUUUUUGUGUGUGCUUUAUUAACUCACCAGUGGAAGAGAACGCAUUCUUGUUACAGACUGUGGGGCUGCAGGUGAGGCUUAGACCUCUGCCUCUUUCCAUGUUUCUUCUUCCUCUUUAUGCAUUGUUUAUGUGUUUAUGCGUGCCCUAAGGAGUCUUACUUUAUUGCCGCUUAUUAAACAUUUCUUUUAUAUCAGUAUUGGUGUGGUGUGAUAUAGUUUGAUGUGCAAAGACAAGACACGUUGAUGAGCCAACUCAAUUGCUGCUUUUGGAGGUUAUCAGGACAUAUACAUACUUGUGAAGGGUGUCUCCAAACAAUGAACAUCAAGCAUUGCCCUCUGCAGCAUAUGGCUACCAAACAAUACCCAAUAUAAUCUACUUUAUUACCAAAGCAUGGACUGCAGUGGCAGGCACAG